UUGCUUCGCCGUGUUCUUAUAGGGCCAAAGAGUUCGGGUGAGUGACAGACAUCUCACCGCUCUCUUUCCUCUCUUUCUUUCGGACACAGAAACUCAAAAGGCUUGUCCUUUUAACUUUGCCUGCUACUAACCAACGGAACCGUAUAGAUUGGAGAAAGAUGGGGUACAUAGGAGCACAUGGUGUGGCAGCACUUCAUAGGUACAAAUACAGUGGAGUGGAUCACUCUUAUCUUGCCAAAUACGUCCUUCAACCUUUUUGGACUCGUUUUGUCAAAGUCUUCCCUCUCUGGAUGCCACCAAACAUGAUAACGCUUAUGGGGUUCGUGUUUCUAGUCACAUCUUCUCUGCUAGGCUACAUAUAUUCACCACAGUUGGAUUCUCCUCCUCCACGAUGGGUUCACUUCGCACAUGGUUUACUUCUAUUCUUGUAUCAGACAUUUGAUGCGGUUGAUGGGAAGCAAGCAAGAAGGACAAAUUCCUCUAGCCCCUUAGGAGAGCUCUUCGAUCAUGGUUGUGAUGCACUUGCUUGUGCGUUUGAAGCCAUGGCAUUUGGAAGCACUGCAAUGUGUGGAAGAGAUACUUUUUGGUUCUGGGUUAUUUCAGCUAUUCCCUUCUAUGGAGCUACAUGGGAGCACUAUUUCACCAACACACUUAUUCUUCCGGUCAUCAAUGGACCUACAGAGGGUCUUGCACUUAUAUUCGUCAGCCACUUCUUCACAGCCAUUGUCGGUGCUGAAUGGUGGGCUCAGCAAUUGGGGCAGUCCAUACCAUUGUUUAGUUGGGUGCCAUUUGUUAAUGCGAUCCAAACUUCCAGAGCAGUCCUAUAUAUGAUGAUCGCUUUUGCCGUUAUACCAACAGUCGCAUUCAAUGUGUCAAAUGUCUACAAAGUUGUUCAAUCAAGAAAAGGGAGCAUGCUGUUAGCAUUAGCUAUGCUGUAUCCUUUCGUGGUUCUUCUUGGAGGUGUUUUGAUAUGGGAUUACUUGUCUCCAAUCAAUCUCAUAGAAACAUACCCUCACUUGGUUGUACUUGGAACUGGGCUUGCAUUUGGAUUUCUAGUGGGAAGAAUGAUUCUUGCUCACUUGUGUGAUGAGCCGAAAGGACUGAAAACAAACAUGUGCUUGUCUCUAGUCUAUCUUCCCUUUGCACUUGCAAACGCUUUAACCGCAAGAUUGAAUGAUGGGGUUCCUCUAGUUGAUGAGUUAUGGGUUCUCCUUGGCUACUGUAUAUUCACAGUGUCAUUAUACUUGCACUUCGCCACAUCUGUCAUCCAUGAGAUCACUACUGCUCUUGGAAUCUACUGUUUCAGGAUCACGCGUAAAGAAGCUUGAAGAAGAAACCUCAAGGGUGCUGUUUUCUGUGUGGACCGUUGGAUCAAUACGGCGAAUGAUCAAAUAUGGUUUAGAUCAGUGAUGUAUUUUCUUCUUAUUCAUUAUCGUAUUUUGUUUGAUCAGGAUAGGUAGAACUUUUGUAUAAUGUUUAUGCAUGUUGAACAAAAAUAUGAAAAACUAUUUUAUAAAAGCUGGCUUGAGUCUCGAAUUUUC